AUGUCACAUCACAAAAGGCGUGUAUAUCCACAAGCUCAAUUCGGCUUGGCUCAGGCCGGUCAAACUGGCUACCAGGAUGUCCAGCAGCCAGGUGUUUUGCCUUCACAAGCUAAUUAUCAAGAGCCAGUUCCAUUAGUGACGCCUAUUCAAGAGGUAUUGAAUAACCAAAUUGAUCAGACUGCCGAUUCACUACAUAAUAUGCAGUUGCAUAAUGUUCCCGAUUUCAAUCAGCCUUUACAAGGCCAAUUGAAUGGUCCUCAAAGCCCAGCAUUGUAUCAAAAUUAUAAUGAAAAUGGUAUGAAUAAUUACAAUGCUGCGUUUGGUAAUGGAGGUACUUCAGUAAAACAAGUCAAUCAACUGUACCCAAUUGAUUUGCUAUCUGAUUUGCCGCCACCUAUCAAGGAUCUUGGAUUACCACCUCCUCCUAUUAAUUUAUCGCCUGAUAUCAUGUCAGUGCCAUCAGAUAAGAGUAAUGCAUCUCCAGAUUAUAUUAGAAGUACACUAAAUGCAGUGCCCAAGACUAACUCUCUGCUGAAGAAAACCAAGCUUCCAUUUGCGUUGGUAAUCAAGCCUUAUCAGCAUUUGAAUGAUGAUGUUAAUGCGCCUCCAUUAAAUGAAGAAUGUCUAAUUGUCAGAUGUCGUCGUUGUCGUUCUUAUAUCAACCCAUUUGCAAAGUUUAUUGAGCAAGGAAGACGUUGGAGAUGUAAUUUCUGUAGAUUGGCUAACGAUUUACCAAUGCAAUUCGAUCAAUCUUCAAUAGAUACCAACAUUGUAAACAGAUUGGAUAGGACCGAGAUUAAAAAUGCUGUCAUGGAAUAUGUUGCACCAAAGGAAUACACAGUCAGACCCCCUCCUCCUUCGAUCUACACAUUCAUAAUAGAUGUCUCUCAAAAUGCCAUAAAAAAUGGUUUAUUUGUCAGUACAAUUGAAACACUUAAACAACAACUAGAAUAUUUGCCUAAUAGGGAUAAUAGAACCAAGAUUUCAAUUAUUCUUGUGGACCAUGCCUUGCAUAUUUUAUCAAUUCCUGCUGAUGAUGUUUCCAAUAAAUUCAGAAUUCUAGACGUGGCUGAUAUUGAUGAACCAUACAUUCCUUUACCAAAUUCGCUUGUUGUUUCACUAUCACGGUGUAAACAAAAUGUACAAUUGGCAUUAGAAAAGAUAAAGCAAUUGUUUGAGAUUAAUGUUUCUACUAAGUUUGCUUUAGGUCCAGCUCUUAGAACAGCACAGAAAUUAAUUGGUGGGGUUGGUGGAAAGUUAAUAGUCAUAUCAGCAUCUUUACCAAAUGCAGGUAUUGGAUCACUGCAAAGAAGAAAUGAAAGUGGUGUAUCAGGGACAACAAAAGAAUCGAGUCAAUUGCUAUCGUGUCAAGAUUCAUUUUACAAGACAUUUACAGUUGAAUGUAGUAAAACUCAAAUCACAAUCGAUUUAUUUUUGGCAUCCGAUGACUAUGUUGAUGUUGCCACGUUAUCGAACCUGCCUCGAUACACAGCAGGUCAAACACACUUUUAUCCAGGAUAUAAUGCUUCCAAUAUAUCUGAUUUUAACAAAUUUACGACUGAGUUUUCAAAGCAUAUUACAAUGGACAUUUCUUUUGAAACGGUCAUGAGAGCUCGUGGGUCUACUGGGUUGAAAACAAGUGCAUUUUAUGGUCAUUUCUUUAAUAGGUCUUCUGAUCUAUGCGCUUUUUCGACAAUGCCAAGAGAUCAAUCGUAUGUGUUCGAUAUUUCUAUUGAAGACACGAUCACAACAGAUUAUUGUUAUUUUCAAGUUGCCGUUCUACUUUCGUUAAAUAAUGGACAAAGAAGAAUUAGGGUGAUCACACUGGCUUUACCGACAACACAAUCUAUCUCAGAGGUGUUCGCUUGCGUAGAUCAACAAGCUGUUGCAGCACAAAUCACACAAAGAGCAGUCCAAAAGGCUAACUCAUCAAGUAUUGACGAUGCUAGGGAUCUAAUUCAGAAAACUACACUGGAUAUUUUGAGCACAUACAAAAAGGAGCUAGUAGUAACAAACACUGGGGGUGUUGUACCCCUUAAGUUGUCUACAAAUUUAAGAAUCCUCCCAUUGUUAAUGCACGCAUUGAUGAAGCACAUGGCCUUCAGGGCUGGUGUUGUUCCUAGUGAUCAUAGAGCCUACUCCUUGAAUGUUUUGGAGUCUGUUCCGAUCAAAAGUCUAAUAACUAGCAUAUACCCAUCGAUAUAUUCCAUGCAUGACAUGGGAGAUGACUGUGGGUAUACAGAUGAAACUGGAAAUGUUAUAUUGCCGGAAUGCAUUAAUGAUACUGCAAUAUUGAUGGAAAAGUAUGGUCUAUAUUUGAUUGACAAUGGCUCCGAGCUUUUCCUUUGGGUUGGUGGUGAAGCUGUGCCUGAAUUACUAAGCGAUGUGUUUGGGGUUCCUGAAAUGUCUCAAGUUCCAGUUGGAAAACACGAUUUAUUCAGAGUUGAAGGAUCGCAAUUUAAUGAGAGAGUCUGCAACAUCAUUGAUCAGUUAAGAACUAGUGAUGAUACGACAGUAUAUAAGACGCUUUACAUUGUUAGUGGUCCAACUAUAAAUGACUCCUUUAGUCAAGGUACAAGAGAACUAGCAUCUUUGAGAAUGUGGGCUGCAACUGCUUUUGUUGAGGACAAUAUAAUGAAGACAUUAAGUUACAGAGAGUUUCUUGAAAAGAUGAAGAAAGAAGUAAGUAAGUAA